GUAUGAACAAUGUAUUUUUAUUUACUUUACUAAUAAAAAUACUUGCAGAAUUCUAAUUUAAUGAUUUAUAUUAAUAUUUUUAAUACUUUAAUCAGCUUUGCGUUAAUUUAAUUAGAUUAUGUAAUUUUAAUUGAGUUAAAAAAUUAUCUUAUUCUAUGAACAUUACACUUUACGAUUCGCAUAUAAAAUUAUAUACGUAAAAUUAUGUUAAUAAAUGAUUUUUGUAAAAUACAAUUAUGAAUUAAUAUUUGUAUCAUAAAAAUCUUAAAUAUAACAAAAGUAAUUUAUAGAUACGAUAGUCGAAAUUUAUUGGCUGCUUGUACGCAUGCGUCUUCACCUAAGAAGUCUGUAUGUACUUGCGAUUUAAAUAUUCCAGAGUUUUAAUACUGUAAACCACAAUAGACUGUAAGUUAUUAAUGGUUCAUAGAGUAAGAUUUGAUGUGAUUAUAAAGUUCAUACAUUAAACAGUAAACAUGCAAAUUGAUUUAAAGUACAAUAUAUCCGGUAAUGUCACCCUACGAAAAAAUGUUGAAUAAUAUGAAUGAUUUCGAAUUAAUAGCACAAGGUGCCGAGGCACGUGUGUAUAAGGGUAUUUAUUUAGGUAAACUAAUGUUAAUCAAAGAGAGAUUCGAAAAAAAAUAUAGACAUGCUGAUUUAGAUAAGCGUCUCACAAAAGAUCGAAUAAAAGCUGAAUGCCGUGCUAUAAUUCGUGCUAAAGCCGCAGGGAUUGCAACACCAGCUAUAUAUUUGGCAAAUUUAGAGCGGCGGUGUAUUUAUAUGGAAUAUAUACAAGAUGCAAUAAUACUAAAAGAUUUUAUCGAUGAAAAAGUUUCAAAAGAAACAAAUGAUGAUCGUUUAUUAAACUUUAUAGCGCAAGGACUUGGAACAAUUAUUGCUAAAUUACAUUCGAAAAAUAUAAUUCACGGAGACAUGACUACCUCAAACGUACUUUUGAAAAAUAUUGAUGAAGAUCACAUUGGAAAAUAUGUUGCGAACAAUUUUGUUAUAAUAGAUUUUGGUUUGGCUCGUAUAGAAGCGAACGUAGAAGAUAAAGCAGUUGACUUGUACGUUCUUGAACGAUCAUUACUAAGUGCACAUUCAGAAGUACCUCUUUUGUUUUCAAAGAUAUUUGAGAUUUAUCAGAAACAUUACAACAGAACAGAUAAAAGUCAGUGUAAAGAAAUUGUUUCUAAAUAUAAAGAAGUACAAUUACGAGGACGGAAACGAUUAAUGAUCGGUUAAUUUCAACAUAUUUUUUAUGAAUAUAUUAAACGCAUUUUAUUAACAUAUUCUCAAUAAUUUAUACAUGUUAAAUAUACCUUAAAUAAACCACCUUAUAUGAAAUUUGAGCUGUACUGUUUUAUUUUUAAACUAUAAUUUUAAGAUUAUAUAUUAAUUAGUUCUGAUUUAUUAUUUUUACUUGAACAUUAAUAACUUUAUAGGUAUAGACAUUUUUUUCCAUCAGUGUCAUUUACUUCUCAGAAAAAUGUUCUAAUAAAUUGUUAUUAAUCAAAUUUAACAUAUACACAGUUAUAUUAAUAUUUCAAAUUGAUUUUUUAUAUAAUAGCCUUGUGCUUAUUAAGACAAAAGCUAAGACUGUUAAUACAUAAUAUAUUUAAACAGUAAAAACAAUAUUGAGUAUAAAAAUUUUAUGAAUGAUACAUCCAGUAUUAAGUCUGGUCAAAUAUUGAGCAAUAUGGUUAUUUAAAAUGUUUAUUUAUAUUAAUUAUCUGCACAGAUAUAUAAUCUGAUUUGGCAUAUGCAACAUGUUUUCGUAACAUAGUUUACAGUACUUACUUGUAUCAAUGAUAUGCAACAAAAAAACUAAAUUUGAAAUAAAAAUAUUUUAUAACUAAUAUUUAAAAACAUUUUCUUUAAUAGCAAAUAAUUGACCUUUAAAAUAUAACACAUAAUUUUCUAUACAAAAAAUGAAACUCUUUGAUGAAGAAAUACUUUUUUGUGAUAAUGUUUAAUUCCAUAUAACAAGUUAUCCGAGUAAUGAGAAAUUCUUUUGUAUAUUUAUUGCGCUACAAAUUCAAAGCGCAUAUAAUCUAUAUGAUAAGUAAUUGCUCUUCACAGAAAUGUUUAUGAGGCAAAUUGCAUAUAUGCAUGGAGCACUUGAUUGUUGAAAUAUAUGUAUUAACAUCUUUAUCAGUCAAAUCAUCAUUGGUACAGUUUUGAAAAUGCUCAAUCAAAAUGUAGUCCUGAAUAUAUAAUGAUCCAGGUCACC